UAUGUAUAUAAAUGGGGAUUGCUUCAAAUCCAAGAUUUUUGUCACUGCUCACGUCGACUCUGCUGAGUUAUUGGACGAUGAAGCGUCAAUUAUAUACCAAUACGAAUGCGAAAAUCACCAAAUCGAAAUCUGUACAGACGAGAAUAUUAUUCAUUCGAAAAAUUAUCCAGAUAAUUAUUUCGCAUCGUCAUCUUUCUAUCCAAAUUAUGAGGCGUAUAAAGGAAAGUUUUUUGAUUGGGAUAAUCCAUUCGUAACGCAAGCGUUUAAGGCUGGAGCGUCUGAUACAAAUAUUUGGUUUCAAAUUCAAUUAGAAUCUCUCAAAGCUAUGGAUAAAUAUACAAUAAAGGGUGGUGGUAUGGCGGAAAAGCACUUUAUAACAUCACACUACGCUGCGUAUAGCGCAGAUUGCGUACAUUUCAUGUACUUGAACAAUGUGGAAUUGAGGAGAUCACUGAUUAGAGGACCAUACAAAUGGGAUGAAGCGCGAGUAGUAAACUUUCAUUACAGAGCAAUAAAAUGCUUUCGUAUUAUGCCAAAGAGUUGGGUUGGUUCACCAACGAUGACAAUUAAAUUUGAAAUCUGUAAUGCAGACUUUGAUAAACAGUGGACAAUAAUUCCAUUGGGUAUGGGUGAUGGCACUAUAAACGAUUACCAAAUAACUGCUUCCGAGGUGUAUAAAGGGGAUAAUUACACAGAAUAUUACGCAGUUCAUCUUGCCAGAAAAGGAAGUCAGCGGAAGGAUUUCAGUUUUCAAAAACCUUGUUGGUAUAUUAAAGACACUGAUAGUUGGUUUCUGAUAAGCCUGAUUAAAAAAUCUGUAAUCGUUGCAAUUGGCAUGGAGCCGGUUGAAGAAUGCAAUGGUAUAAUUGAAGACUUUUCAGUAAUAGUUACCUCGUCGCUAAAGUCAAUUAAUGAGGAAGUAAAUAGUCCAUACAUGACUUUUCUAAAUGAGUCAAACAUAAUUUAUGAGCUACCUAAGGCUCUUGUAGGAUUAUAUAUUUGUAUUAAGCCUCAUACUUGGGUAGGUGAUGGAGGAAUGGCUUUUGAAGUAUACGGAUCCAGCGAAUCUAAAGACUCUAAAGAGUUGAUCCAUACAAAAUUGUCAAAUUGCAUACAAUUAUCUGCAUCUUUUGACACAUACCCCUUUUUAAAUAUAUCAAUGGGAAUAAUAGAACAGAAAUUACAAGCAAUGACCUACAUUGAAUACAGUUCACAUGUUGUUCUGACUGAAGUUAAAAUUACGAUAGAAGCUGGAUAUGAUAAACCCGAGUACAGCAUUAGCUUCUUAAGAGCGCCUAAUGAAUGGAUGUUAAUGAAAUACAACACGGAGAAUGUAAGUUCAACUGAAACAAUUUUAUAUCUGCAACGGAAACAAGUCUUUAGAAAGUUUCGUAUUGGAUCGCUUAAAAGUUCAGUUGAAACUUUACCUGAUUGCCUAUUUGUUGAAGCGAAAGGUGAAGUAGUUGAAUCGUGCCCACCAAGUACUGCGUAUUAUGACAACCAUUGCUACUAUACGUUACCUGGAACUAUUGCGGGAGUAGAAGGUUUAUUAAAGGCUUGCGGAAAGUCUUUUGGGGAGGAUAUCGGUUUUCUUGCUCAAAUGUCAUCGGCUAAAGAAGCGUUAUUUGCUAGUAAUUUAAUAAGAGACAUAAACAACAUACCAUAUAAUACAAGUAUUAUCGGUUAUUAUCGUAACGAAUCGAAUGAGGUGAAUCCCUACUACCAAUCACAAAAUCCAUCCUACAAAUGGGAAUGGUUGCAUGGAGCAAAUACAAACUUUUCAUUCUGGACAUACGAUAUUAAAGACAUUCCAACGGAUAAAUCAUGUGCGAUGUUAAAUUCGUUCAAUGAUGGUAAAUGGGAAACUACUGAUUGUAACAAACAUCAUCAGUAUCUCUGUAAAUUUCAAUAUUCUCCUUCUUCAACUGGUAAAAAAGUUCUUUGGGAAUAUCUGCCGGAAACUGCCUAUGAGAGUUAUAUGGUGUUUGGUAGUUUUAAAGUAACAUCAGUUACUGAAUGUAUGUAUAGGAGUCUUCAACUAGGCGGUCCAGGAUUUUCUAUAAGUUCCGACGGCCAGAAUUGCAAAGUUCCUACGCAAUAUAAUAUUAAAGUUGAUAAGGAAUCCAAUAUUUGGUCGAGUUAUAUUUUUGAAGAUAACUGUGAAUAUCCUUUAAUUGGAGGAAGUGCUGGUUUAAGUUUGGAUAAUAUUUCGGUAGAAGCAACUGUUCAAGCAUCAGCUAAUCUAUCAAAUUUAAGAUUUACAAAUGAAUUGGAUGAGGUUGUCACUGGGUUUUAUCAAAUACCCAACGAUUAUAGUACAUUCAUAACGUUUGAUUUUAAACAACAAAUGAAAAUAAACCGUUUAGCCAUUCAAACAUCCGGUGAUCCGAAUGUCGACUAUAUUGAUUCGUUCUAUUUGCAUUAUAUACAGGAAGACAGCCUGUGGCAGACGGCCAGGGGUAAAAGAGGGGGAAAACUGAUAUUCAAAGCAGCGGGAAAGAGUAAUGAGGAAAAAGAUGUUUUUAUAAAACCACAACUAUAUCCUUACAAGCUGGCCUUUUCUUUGGCUAACUUUUCUGGAUCUCCGUUAUUGAAACUUGAAUUCUACGGGUGUCAAAAAGUGCAAUAUUUGAUUCCAAAAGAAGAUGUUGGAUCAUUGAAAAGUGACAAUUUUGCAUUUAGAAUAUCACAACUAGCGGUUACCAGUUAUAGGCCUGAAAAUAAUUCAAUUAAUGAUAUUCAUCACGGUUGUCAAUCGAUAUACGGUAGCGGUGACGGUUCAUUUUCAACUCAAAGUCUAACUACAGAUGAUUUUUGGAUGUAUACAUUACCGACGGACUUUUCUUUAGUGGGCAUAAGUACAGAAGGACACUGUACCGAACAUAAUUUUCUUACAUCAUUGAUAAUAAAAUAUAAGCUGAGUAACAGUUUUGCAGAUGUAUUUUAUCUUAAAGAUGGAGAACAAACGAAAAUUUUCGAUAUUCAAGAGCAUAGCGGUAGAUGGUACUUGGGUCUAGUGGAGCCAUACCCUACAAGUUCCUCAUUCGCUUUUCAAUUAGCUAACAAACAAGCCAACAGAUAUGCGAUAACAAUGGAACUAUACCUUCAGCAGAAAAAUCUUGGGAGAUUACGUCUUGGACCUUUUACUUCUUCUACUGUAACUUUUUCAAGCAGCACAUCAACUUCCCGACACAAGAUAAGUUGGAUAGAUUAUUACUCACCUUGGGUUCAUGCAGACGACGAUACCAGUCCCUGGAUAAGAUACGAUCUAACAAAUUUAUAUUUAAUACAGAGAGUGUUCUUAAGAGAUUCAAGAACCUUUAGUACCAAUGACUGUAAAAAUUAUCGCAUACAUAUAUGGCAAUAUAAAGGUGAUAACAAGACAGAGAUUCCAUUUACUUGCUCGAAAUUUGAUUCCUCCAGAAAAAAAGUCACAUUUUUUCCACAUUUAUUGGUUAAUGCAAUACAAUUCACAUUUAUAAAUGACAGCAUCUACUUGAUACUUAUGGUAUACGGUAUGAGAGCAGACCAAUGCCCUCCAGGUGCAGUAAGAAAUUUUGAUAAAUGCUAUACAAUAACCGAUGUUACUGAUAAUCGGACGAGAGCUGAAAAUUUAUGUAAAACUGGUUUCUCUUGGAAUGGUCCAGGCUCGUUGAUUAUGCCUAAAACAUCAUUGGAAAGGAAUUUCGCCAAUAUGCUUUUGUAUUAUAAAGGAUUUAAAAAUGCUAAAUAUCACGUUGGCAUGAAAAAAGUAUCGGCUGGUAAUUACGUUUGGGACGAUGGUGAGACUGUUGAAAAUUACAUUCCAAGAACGUACGACUAUUCAAUAAAUAGUGAUGAUGGUUCCUGCGUUGUUGCGAGUCGAUUUUUUAAUGAUGUAGAUUGUUCGACGAAAGCUUACACAAUAUGCGAAACACCUGCACAGGUAGUGACAAGUUGCCAUCAAGUUUGGUCGGUAAGAAGAGGAGAAUCGACAAGACCACCUAGCUACUCUAGAGAGAUGCACGAUUUGCGAAUGUGUUUAGGUCUUUGCAAAGACCCCAUUUGUAAAGGAGUUUCUUAUGUUCCAAGGGAAUAUGGCUUGACGACGUGUCGCAUUUUUAACUCUGCUACUCCGCACGAAGAAUUGGUGGUCAAUAGCGGUAGUUCAAUUGUCCUCUUCGACUACUCGUGCCUUUCCGACGGUGUGCAUAGAUUGCUGCCAGAAGGAAAUGAAACAGAAUCAAAUUUUGGCGUUACUAGUAAAUUCUACAAUGCUGUAACAAAGAAUUAUUAUCUCGACUACUCAUCGAUGGGCAAUGAAGGUGCAACUUGCCUAAAGGACUUACCUUGUUUUAUACAAAUUGAGUUUAAACAAACUUAUGAAUUUUUUGGCUUUGUAACGCACUCAACAAUUGGGGAGGGAAAUGAUAGACACUAUACAAAAAAAGCAUAUGUUCAAUACCAGACUGAUAGGAAUUUUCUUUGGAAUUUUCAUAAGAAUGAAGCUUUAAAUCAAGUAGUUGAUUUCGUCAUUCAAGAUGAAUUGAAUUUUCACUCCUAUCACGAGUUGUUACCUACAAGGAAAGGUAUUUCCUUUAGAAUGGUAGCCGAAGAGUCUUUUAACAAUGCCUCUCUCUCUCUUCAAAUAUAUGGAAAAAAAGCAAUCGCCAGUGGUACUAUUAAGAAAUGCAGCUAUAGAAUUGGAUUGGAGCAUUCCAAUGUAAUACUAGAUCACCAAAUUUAUACCAAUUCAACUCAUACAGAUCCGACUACAAGUCUAAAAGAUAUUCGUUUAAAUUCAAAUCCAAGUAGUAAAGAUUCUUUAGGAUGUUGGGGUCCGUUGGUUAACAAUAGCGCUUAUGUAGAAAUUGAUUUGGGAUAUAUUUUCAAUGUCACUGGUUUAAUCUCUCAAUCCUGUUCAAAACUAUCAAAUUUUGUCUAUAAAUUCAGAAUUUCUUAUCGAGUAGACACAAGAGAGGAAUGGUCAGAACAGACUUUAAGCAUUUUUAAAAAGUACAUACAAAAUGCCGAAUACCAUUCAUUUUUUGAUGCUAUAAGAGCCAGAUACGUUAGGAUACAACCGUUAGAGUAUGACGUCAAAAAUGCUUUUAGAAUUGAACUGUUGGGUUGUAUGGAUCAGGCAGAAGUGAUUCGAGGUCCUCCAUUCAGUUUACUUCAUCCCAAAGGUAUUCGUGUCGAUUCAAAUAUUAUUGGAGAAGUAGUCGCUUGGGAAGAAAUUGAUCAUACAACGCCGCUAAUAUGUCCCAAUCAAACCGAUAAAGAUCUCGUAUUGUCUAUAGAUUUUAAAGAGAUCUAUACUAUAACCGGAUUUAGAGUUAGUACUGGUAAAGAGGGCGAAGUACGGUUCAAUUUAGAAUAUACCUUUAAAGUUACGGAAUGGAAGACUUUCAACGGAGGAUUCGAUCAAAUUAUAAAUAGUACAUCAAACAUUCAAGAUAUUCAUUUUGGACGUCCAAUUAUCCUCAGAUAUUUAAAUUUGGUAUUGAAGAAUGAUAAUCAGUUUUGUUUCAAAUUGACAUUUAAUGGAAUGAGAUCCGGACCGUGUCCAUCCGGAUUUGUUGAGUACGGAUCGAGUUGUAUUAACUUUCUUAAUAGGCCUUCUUCAAAGGAAGGUGUACAGAAGGUUUGCGAAGGUGUCAACUGGUAUGGAAAGAGCUCAUUAGUUAGUCCAAAAACUGACCAAUUUUUCCACAUGUUCUUGAGUUCAUUAUCAUUUGGGUUAUCCUUUACACCAUUUAUUGGAUUAAACGAAACGGCUUCAAAGUAUUAUUGGGAUGACGGAAGUGUUAUUCCGGACGACUACGAAAUGGUAUUUAAAAAACCCUUAUCAAUCAGUGGAGAUUGUUUUGUAUACAACGACGGCGCUUUGGAUAAACGCGAUUGUUCUCUAGAGAAUGGUUUAGUGUGCGAGACAGAAUCAGCUGCUAACGAUACAACAAUGCCACUUUACAUGUGGACAGUAAGAAGACACGUUGCGCCUACCGACAGUCAGACAUUUCAGAAUUUUACAAUCGUUGAGAACACUAAUUACGAUUGCUUAAAAUUAUGUGAAGAAGAGACUAGCUUCGAAUGUUUAUCCUUUACUACUGAUUUGGCGGCGAGUGAAUGUAAAAUCUACGCGGAUAAUACUCAAAAUCCUCAAUUCCAAUUGAAAACUUCUCCAAAUCUAUUUUUUUUCGAAAAACUUACUCAAAUUUCUUGCCCUCCACUUAUACAAUCGUCCGCCUUCGGUGUCAUGUGGAACGUCUCUUCCGAACAAUCGCCUACAACGUCCAAACUUCAAUUACCGUUCUAUAAACGUUCGUCAACCUCCGGUCUCUAUUGGCAAGCCGAAGCGUCCGAUUCUCAACCGUGGUUGUUGGUCUAUUUCAGCAGUGAGAUUACCCUGACAGGCAUCGUUCUACAAGGUAGUGGCCGGACUGACGAAGAUAAUUACAUAACAGAAUUUACAAUUAAAAAAUCGAUGGAUAAUAUUGAUUGGAAAGAUAUUGAACCAACAAGCGGAAAUGGGAAUAUAUUCAAAGGUCUUACCGAUCCGUAUUUCGCUAGAGUGUACUUGUUUACGAAAAGAAUUAAAGCUAAAUAUUUGCGAAUGGACAUUAUUUCCUUUAAUGGAGAUGCCGUUGUCAGAUUUGAAUUGUACGGAUGUAACGAAAUAGUAAUGGACUGCUUUUUGGAAACAGAAUCGAAAUUAACUUCAAUUUAUCAAUUUAAUACGAAAUGCUACAACAAUUGGAAUGUAAUUGGCUACCAAUAUACAUACGUCGAUAGUGGAAAUCCACCUAAAUGGACCAAAUACGCGAAUGGUUUAGGCAACGAUAAUGAAUACGCUUUGGGCAAUGACAUAUUAGCGAAUAUGACAGGUUUUAGGUCAUACUUCCUAAGAAUUGAUAUGUGGUCUAAAGAUGGCCAACAUAUUCACGCAGAAUUUAAAAACAUUCUCGUUUUAUUUAAAAUCACUCAAUUUCUCCUAAACGUUCAAGAAUUUCGCAGUGGAAAGGCAACUGAUGGAAAUUUUAUUCAACCAAUGAAAUUCUACACAAUUGAUAAGGAUAAUAAUCAGGGUUGCUCCGCAAAGCAUAAAACUGGUUGGUGGUUUCCAGUGGAUUCGUGUAAUAGUUCUUCAGUUGUUAGAGGACAUUCGGCAUUUUGGUCGGUAAAGGAGACUGCUUUUAAUCCAGCGUCCUCUUUUCCAGUUGACAAGUACUUUAUGAGGAUGAAAUCUUUCAACACUUUUGACGUUAGUAAAGGGAAAAAAGCUUAUCAAAAGACGACAGAAUUAGGAAAUGUUGCCUCAUUGGCGGUCGACGGCCUCUCCUUAACCAAUGCGUUGAACGGUGAAUGCGCAAUGAACGAAUUAACGUCAGAUCCUUGGUGGGUUGUUUCUUUGGGUAAAAUUUUCACUAUUGAUUAUAUAGUGAUAUGGAAUAGAAAAGACUGUUGCGAAUCUGAUUUAAGUGACUUUAAAGUGGGCGCAGCUAAAGAAUUUGUCAAUUUUACCUUCUCUGCAAGUAACUUUGAACUUUGUAAACAUUAUACGCAAACAGUUAAGUCUGGAGAGAGUGAUUCGAUCCUAUGCGAUAAGAGUUCUAUUAACGGUUCGUUUAUUGGCGUUUGGAUGGAAGGAGCUAAUAGGAGAUUGACGCUGUGCGAAGUAAAAAUAUAUAGCAAAAAUUCUGUCGGAAGAAUAGGAUAUAAAGAAUUGUGCGAAUCAGACGAUGAUUGUAUAGAGCCUCUUACAAUAUGCCUUCCAACAACGGACCCUUUUACCUUUGAGAAUAUAGUGUACUCCUGCCUAUGCGAAGAGGAAACAAUAAGGGAAGAUAACCAAUGUAAACCUUAUGUCGAUGUUGGUAUUAAAAGUAUGAAAAGACUAGAUAAGAAAUUGACAAGAGAAACGCUGGAAUUGACAACAUUCGAAAUAGUGAUAGAGAAUCUACACGGAAAGGAAAUAAUACAAACAUUGUUACCAAUAGUUAACUUUAAUAUUUCAUUAUAUUUAACGAAUUCGGAUGAGAAAGUUUCGGAAACUUUUCAAAUUCAAUUACCUUUUGAAAGCAUAGAAGAAAAAUUGAACGGAUCUUUGGCAAUGAACAAUUCCGUAGUAUUGCCUCUUCAAUUUAAUUAUUCGUUAAAUAUUAAAAAUUGUAGCGAUGUCAGUUACGUAUGCGUUACAAUAGAUAGAUCCGACUAUAGAUUGUAUAAAGAAAUUAACGAGACAAACAACAAACUAUGCUUAGCUGCGUCAGAGUUUGUCGAAUGUCGUCCAGAUUUGGAUCUACUUUUGAAAAGAUUGCAUUGGACGUCUAUGGAACCUGUUUAUAGAGAUUUACAAUAUAACCAUUCAAUUGAAUUGACUAUUGAAAGUUUACCGAUAAAUUCAUACGAUAUAAUUCAACUCUACGGCGAGAGGAUCAAUUUUGAUUUUGAAUAUAUCGUCUCUAACCAGCAGCAUCUAUUUAACAGUACAAAUCCAAAAUGGACGUCUAUUCUAUUGAAUAUCGACGAUAAACAAAAAGGCUUAGAAUCUAGAAAAGAAGUGAAAUUUCUGGCAAAAAUUCUCGUAGAACUCGACAGAGCUGCUUGCGAGCAAACAACAACUAUUCUAUGCGUAAGGAGAAAGUUGUCAUCCACCUCCAGUUUUCAAGAGCAAAUCUCCCAAAAUGAUAAUUUAUGCAUAGAUAUAAGCCUAUUAAAAAAUUGUACUCCAGAUGUAGAGAUAAAAAACACUCUAACCCUGCUCACAUCUUCACUAAUAAGAGGUUAUAAUCAGACCUUAAGCGGCAUUAUUCAAUGGGAGAAUAUCGACAAUAAGCACAGCAUUGUUGAAAUUCCAACUGGAAGGUUUAAUUUCAACGUUACUCUAACUAUUUCUGAUAAAAAUAAGAAGAACGAUACGGCGGCAGAGUUGGAUUUAUUAAUUUAUUCUUUCGUCAAUGAUUCUAGUUUAUUUAUUGGUGAACAAUUAAAAGUCGAUUUUAACGAGGAGAUUUUAAUACCGAGAGAAUCUUGUUCUAAUUAUAAAUUUCUAUGCGUCGAACUAAGACCAGCGUUGGGAUCUUCUUAUUCCCUGUACAAUCGUAACGAUAACAACAACAACAACAUUCAUAUUUCGUGCUUAAAUCUAGAGAAUAUAGUUGAAUGUGUUGGAUUGAGAAUAUCUAAUUUAACGUUUAAAAUAGAAGACAAUAACCUUUUUGAGGGAAAUAAGAAUACAUUUUCGGUAAUAUGGGAUCUGGGAACGGAUGUAAAUUUCACCUUGAACUACGGCGAUAAUGAGAUAUUCUUUUGGAAUUGGUAUAAUUUUGGUCAUAUUCAAUCUUAUUCAAAGAUUGAAAAACUCAUCUAUAAUCAUAUCUAUUUCAAUUAUAGUAUUUAUAAUGUUACUUUAACCGCUUGGAAUGAAGUUGAUAAGGAAAUAAUUAUUCUAACGAAAAAGGUUGAACCAAUCCUCAAGGAUUAUUCAAUCAUUUCCAACCGUUACAUUCCUGACGAACCUCCGUUAAGAGUUACAUUCCUAGUUGACUAUUUGAACGAGGCGAACUCGAAUACGCAAGAUAUCUACCUUUCCUGCUCCAUUGAUACUGGACACAACUUUACAGUUAAUAAAAAUGGUAGAAUUCAAUACGCAAAGCCAUUUCUUAUAGAUUAUUUGUAUACAAUUGACGUCAUCGACGCCGAAUCGUUGAUAAUUUGUAACAAUACCAUUUCCAACAUAACCUACUCUAAUCAAUUUCUUCUUCAACAAAAUGUUAGCGGAUUAGAAAUCGGCUACGACGUCGUUCUAUGGCCUUCGUUUGUCAAUGUAUCAUUAACGCUAACAUUAGUGAAUGGAAGCGAUGUUGAAUACGAUAUUUCGUACGGAAAUGGUGUUAUGGAAACGGUUAAAGUUCACCAAUUGUACGCCAAUCGUCAACCUUUCGUAUGGAAUUAUUCAUUUCCCGAAGAUGGUAAUUUCUUAACAACGGCAAUUGCGAGAAAUAGAUUUUUUAAUACAUCAGCUCAAGCUUCUAAUUUGAUUAAAAUUCAACACGAAAUUCAAGAGGUUGAAUUAAAGGUCAACUAUUUCCCUCCAAGGAAUAUAACCAUUCAACUUCGGGAAGUAAAGAAUACGAAGAUACCUACAAACGUAACUUGCUUCAUUAAUUAUGGAGAUAAUAGUACUGUUGAAAAAUAUGAUUUUGUUGAUUUAUUGAAUGGUAUGUCGGUUAGUUAUGUUUAUAAUAGAGCUUAUAACGAAAGACGGAAGAGAAAUUUAACAAUUUCGGCCUACUGCCAUAACAAACUCUCUCAAACUAAUCUCUCUAGUAAUCUUGUAUUAGACGAAGAGAUUAGGGGAUUAUCUAUAGAAACGUCCAAAACUAUAAUAUCAACUUUUGAGUAUUUUCUCAUCAACAUUUCAAUUGAAACUGGAACAAAGAUGAAUGUUACAUUCGACUACGCAAAUGGUAAUGUAUUGAACUUUUACGAAGAAGGUCCCGGAUUAUUCAUUACGUAUAAUUAUACUUAUAAAAAUGAUGGCGUCUACACUUUAAAGUUCAAUCUGACAAACUCGGUAAACAGUAUGGAAAUCUUACACGAACCAAUUACAAUUCAACAUCGAAUUCUAAACGCCUCCUUCUCGUUGGAUUAUAUAGAGCCGAGAAAUUUCACUGUAUCUAUUCAACAGUAUUCUCCUUUACAUAUACCAACGAACGUCACUUGUAUAACGGAAAUAAAGAAUUCGACGCUGGAUCACGUUAUAUAUCCCAAUCUGGUGGAAGGAUUGUUAAGAAACUAUAGCAUUGAGAGAAGAUUCAACGAGAGGAGAUAUAAGAAUGUCAGCGUAACGAGUUUCUGUUCGAAUUUAGUAUCAAACGCUUCGUUUUCCCAAUUUGUUAUUCUAAGGGAGGAAGUUACAGAUUUAAAUUUUACAUGCUCUACAAACGUAACAAUUGUAAAUCGUACAGUCAACUUUUUCGUAUCUACAAAAACUGGUGAUGAUUUAAAAGUUGAAUUAGACUACGGUAAUUCUCAACAGUAUAUAUUCAACAUUUCCAAUUUCUAUUCAACAACUAUAUACAAUUACUCUUAUCCUCAAGUUGGCAAUUUUACCCCUACUAUUCGAAUAAAGAAUACUGUUAAUGAACUAUUUGAGGCGUUACCGUUACCUACAAUUACUCAAAUACCAGCUUAUACAGUAAACAUAAGCGCCUUAUCGUCAACAACUUUAGAUGAACAACCAACAAAUUUUUCCAUAACAGUCAACGAUAAAAGGGAAUCGGCUACCGAUGUAUUUUGUUCUUAUCAACUAUCCGAAUCAAUAGAAUUGGCCAAGUUCUAUUACGAACCAAACUUGACAACAACUCAAACUGUUGUAAGAUAUUAUAGAUAUACUAGAAAAGAUACUGGAUGGAGAUUUUCGGUGAAUGUUACUUGUAAAAAUCUGGUAAGUUCAAUCAACUCUAGUCGGGAGAUAUUCGUACACGAAAAGAUAAGAAAUUUAAGGAUGACUUUGAAGAGAGCAGCGACAGUACCAUUCGAAAAUCAAGUGAUAAUAUUAUGGGUUGAUACGGGAUCAUUGGUAACCUAUUCAGUUCAAUUUGAUGAUUUAGCUAGUUUUACGAAAAAGCAUCCCAAGAUAUUUGCCUCUGACGAAUCGUUCAAGUUUAAUUUUAUAUUUAAUAAAAUCGGUAAUUAUUCAGUUGGAAUUAAAGCUAAAAACUAUGUUAGCGAAGAGGAACUACUAAGGAAUAUAUCCGUUCAGAAUAAUAUUGAAAAUAUUACUAUAACAGCUAAUAAAUCGAUUCUAUGGAUACCCGGAGUAAUUGACUAUGUACUAACGUCUAAACACGAUCAAAAGAAUCUGACAGAUGUGCAUUGUUCCUUUAACUUUAGUAAUGGAAUGACAAGAUACGAAUAUAUUCCUCUAUGGGAACCUUCCACUAGUUUUGUAUAUUCCCAAUAUUUUCCUCGAACCGCUGUGGGAAAUUUAUCAUCAUUAAUCACCUGCUAUAAUCUCGUUUCAUCUUUCAAUAUAACGAGACCUACGGAGAUUAUCUUGGACGCGGUUAUUAUCGGUUCGCUAAAAGAUAACGGAACUGUAUUGUUGACGAAUAGAACAACGAUAAUUACGGAAAUUAGGCGUAUGGGUACAAAUUCGUGUUUGAUCUUUGACCUCGACGAUAACGACAAACAAUUAGCGUACGGAGUAAAUGAAUUUUGUAGAAAUAACAUUCCCGGAAAUAUAUCUUAUCAGCAAAUUGAAUAUAAUCAAACUUUAAUAAUUUUUGACCACAUUUUUUCAAAUAUUGGCAAGUACAACGUUACUCUGACUGCGUUCAAUUUGAUUACAAAGGAUAUCAGAUGGUUUCGUUCGGAAGUGGCGGAUUGGUACUGCAACGAUCCGAACGCAACUAUUGCCCAAGAAUUUACGGAUGAGCAGAGUUUUACAACAGUAAUGAAGAGCAAAGAGUUAUAUAUUCCAUCGCUGGCCGAGUACAAUUGUACAAUGUCGAGACAGAUUCUUCACAAAUGGAGCGUUUAUCAAUUACAAUCGAAUAAACUACUCUAUUCGUCCGACAGUUCGAAAUUCGUUCUUCCUCCAAGAACUGUAGACUAUGGAAAAUAUAGAGUUGAAUAUUUUAUAUCUAUGCUUUGGCAUCCUAUCUUUAAUAAUUCGUAUACAGCAUACUUUGAAGUUGUACCAACUCCACUCCAAUUAAAUUUGACUAAUGGAAAGACUUCAACAGCAAUUUACGAUACCAAUGUAACUUUUGACGCCUAUACUCUAAGUUCCGACCUCGAUAACGACCCGUCGGAAAAGUUCAAAGGAGUAACUUUUAAAUGGUUCUGUAGACAAUCUAACGAGAAUUUUCCGACAACCGAACAACUGAGACAACUCGAUCCAGUUAAUAUUCCAACAUUCGAAGAAUUUCAAAACAAUGGUGGCUGUUUCGGUCGCGGAUCUAGUCUUGUUUACAUAGAAAAUAAUGGAACAUUUAUUCUCAAUACUUUCUUCAUGCUACCCAACGCUAGUUAUAUUAUUGAUGUAAAAAUGUCAUCAAUCUACGCUAAUCGUAAGAAAUUCUUUCAAAUUAAAUUCAAUAUUCCACCUCCAAAAGCUCCAAAAUUGAAAUUGACUUGCGUUGAUAAUUGCCAAGAAAAGAAGGCGUUCAACGCCGAAACGAAAUACGAAGUUGAAUGUUUCGUCGGAUGUUCUAGCCUCUAUUGGCAGAUAAUAUACGAAUGGAAAUUAUUGAUUAGACUUAAUGGUUUGUGGUUUGAAAAUAGAACAAACGCUAUUCAAAAGCAAGCUAAAAGAGAUAGCGAAAUUGUAUUCAAAGCGGAAGAAAUGGCGGGAGGUCAUUAUUUCGAUUUGUCGGUUAAAGGUUCUCUGGAGAAAGUUGGUGAAAUUGAAAGAGUAAAUGAGACAUUUCUCGUGAAUAAACCACCAUUUGGCGGAAAGUGUUCGAGAGAGCCGAGCGAAGGAUACGCAUCAAUAAAUAAAUUUGAUAUUACUUGUCAAGGAUGGCAAGAAUUCGAAAAACCACAAUUCGCUCGAGAUCUUAAAUAUGUAUUUAGAAGUAGACCGAAAGGAGUGAAACCUAGUUUUCUUUUAUAUUUCGCUCUAAAGAAUGGAGCGGCUAGUCUACUCUUAUCCGUAGGUGAUCCAAUCAAUUUAAUCACAGAAGUGAUUAUACAAAUAAUCGACUCUGUUGGCGAUGUUUACAAGUUUAUUUUGGACAUGAAAGUAAUGCCACCUCCAGAAAAGGAAGUGGAUAUUUUAAACUUGGUCAACUAUCUAUUAAACGCUAAAGAGAUGGAAAAUCUUUUGGAAGCUGGAAAUUAUACAACAAUUGGUCCUACACUGUAUUCAAUAGCGUCUAUUUUGAAUGCAAACUUGAAUAAAUCAUUGGAAAAUUUUGAAAAUAUGACAACCAACGAAAUGGAAGAGUAUAGGAGUAAUAUUACAAAAUUCCGAAAGAGGAUUCGGGAAAAAAUGGUUGAAAUAGCUAUACAACUUCCUUAUCAAAGCAUUAACGAAUUGGAGCAAAGUAACAGUAUCCUUAGCGCAAUCGUCUAUAAACCAAAGGAAUUAAAUUAUAAAACAUUGAAAAUGACAAGUCGACAAUUGUUAAAAUUGAACGACGCUCUUCAUUCUAGCAGAGCUGAACGAGAGAAAAAUAAAGAAAUUUCUAUAAGUUUGAUUGAAACUUCUAUUCGACUAGCAACUUCCGUUGAAUCUUAUAGGCGAGAUCAAGAGUCUUUCUACAUUGAAAGUAACACUACAACUACGAAUUCUACCAUCAACAAUUCAACAAUUGAUCAGGAUGUUCAAAAACGUCUACAAUUGAAAGAAGUAAUGCGUAGGAUUAUCUUUACCAUUGAUAAUAUUACAGAUAGUCUAUUGGAUACGUUGAAAUUGAAUGAUACACCGAUACAAGUGACUUUUGAAGAGAUAUUUUUGGAAAUUGGAAAAACUUCACCAAUCGAAUUAUUGAGAAAAAAUUUUACAAAUCCUCUUGGAGAGUUGAACAUUCAUUCUUUAGAAAUCAUUAACUAUACUUGCGCUAGUAGAAAGAUUGUUAUGACUAGAUUUAAUCUAUUCAUGUGGGAUGAAACGUCUAAUGACGUUGAAUCCGGUUUGCUUCAAUUGGAUAUUUUUCCGUGCGAUGGCGCCAGAGAAGUGUCGAGGAAAAGGAAAAAACGUAGCAUUGUAAACACUCCGGGGAAUAGAUUUACUUUUACGUCCAGGAUGGAUGAAAAUGCUGUUGAAACGACUCAGAAGAUUAACACAACGGCUUUGGCUGCAUUACAUUUCUUCAAUAUUUCGGACGAUACUAAUCCAAUACAAUUAAGAUUCGAACCGCCCGAGCAUUUAACGCUACAAGUACUAGUAGGAAUUGAUCAGAGACCGUCAAUUGACAAAAAUAACGGUUCAUUCAUAAUUCCAAAUGUAAAUAGGACGUGCUCUAAUGAGAAUGAUAUCGGAUAUUGUAAUGAUUUAAAGCGAACAAUUGUGCUGCAAUCGUAUUUUAAUACAACGCUAACGGUUAGAGUUACUAUUGAAAAGUGCAUUAAUUGUACAGAGGAGGUGUUACUCUAUACAUUAUCGGUGUUUAAUACGUCGUGUAGAAUAUGGACUGGAGAGAAAUGGAUAGAAAAUAAAGAGUGCAUAACUGAAAAGGAAAGUACCUCGACUAAAGUUAGAUUCACCAGCAAUCUCUUUGGUAGUAUUGGAGCCGGAAUCGACGUUCUACCAAACUUGAUUGAUUUCGAUACGGUAUUCGACGAUUUCGCUAGUAAAUUAGCCGAUAAUGCGGCAGUUUUUGGUACAAUUUGCGCUCUCUUCGUACUUUAUAUACCGUUAGCUUUACUGGUGAAGAGAAUGGAUAAGAAGGAUAAACUAUUGUGGCAACCGUUACCGUUACUGGAUAACUUUAAAGGAGAUAAAUUCGAAUACGAAGUACACGUAUUUACCGGCAAUGAAAAGAAUUCGGGUACAAUAUCUAAAGUUCUCUUUACUACUUUUGGAACCGAAUGCAAUUCGGGGAGGAGGCGUCUAGUAUCAACCGGAGUAACCUCAUUCGAUUCGGCAUCCGUUAGGUCGUUCAUCAUGACGACCAGCCAUUAUCUAGGUUCAUUAGUUUGUAUUAGAAUUUGGCUAGAAGAAAUGAUAUUUGCGGAAGAUCCUUUUGAUCCUUGGUUCCUUAGUCGAAUAGUUAUCAUAGAUAGGACGUCGCAGGCGUGGUAUAAUUUCGAUUGCAACCAAUGGCUUUCGCACAUACACGGCGAUGGUCACGUUGAAAGAAUUCUUAUGGCGACAAAAAACGAUAUGACGCCUGAUAUGAACGAGCUAUUUAAAAGGAAUUUCUAUAGAAGAAUGGCCGACGACCAUUUGUGGAUAUCAGUCGGAGCAAGAAGAACAAAAUCAAAAUUUACCAGACUACAAAGACUCGGCGUCUGUUUCGUUGCGUUAUUCCUAUCAAUGAUUGCUAGUUGUAUGUUUUAUAAGGAUAGCAGCGAAGAGGCGAACCAAAGAGCUGGCCUUACAUUAGGACCAUUUUCUUUUACAGUAAGGGAGUUGUACGUUGGUUUAGCGAGUAGUGCAGUAGUAUUUCCCGGUCUCGUUUUAAUUACAUUAUUAUUUAAUGCAAAAAAGUGGAGAAAGUAUACGGUCCCUAUUGGAUGGUGUGUUGCGGCCAUUGCAGCGUUAACUGCCGCAUUCUUCACAAUACUUUAUUCAAUACAAUGGGGUAAAGAAAAGUCUCUGCAGUGGCUCUUAUCCUUUACUAUGUCAUUUGUCUAUAGUAUCAUGCUAAUUCAACCGGUUAAAGUUGUUUUUAUAGCAUUUCUAUUGACAUUCUUAAUGAAAAAGGAUACGGAUCUAACAGAAUACGAAGAAAAUAUUGGCGAAAUGAAUAAAUUGGAAUACAAAAAUCUCGAUCAUAUUCCAAAAGAAUUGAAUAUUCAACAGAAAAUUAAAGAGACUGUUGAGGAAACUAUGAAAUUAAAAGAGACCAAAGUUGUAGAAGAUAGAAUGCACAAUAUGGUGAAGAUUAUCGUAUUGCAUCUUAUCUAUACAUUAUUUGUGGUAUUCAUAUGCUAUAGUAACCAAAAUCCAUCGUUCUAUUAUCAGAAUAAAGCGAUUUACGAUACUCUACCAAAAUUAUCAAAGGUCAAUAGUCAGGCAAAUUUUUGGUGGUGGAUUGAAGAUAUUGCUCUUCCUGGAUUGUAUCCCAGACAAUAUUACAACUCGAAGAAUAUGUCCAAAUACGAUAUGAAACAUACCAGCGAAUAUAAUCAUAUGAGAUUUUCAUCGGUUAGACUAUUUCAAGAGAGGGUCAAUCCUUCAAAAUGUCGACUACCGCAACAAUUACAGUCGAUAUUCAACAACUACAACUGCUAUAAGGAAAUGGGCGAUGAUAAUAAAUUUGAUAGGAAUUCGUCGUUUCACUGGCACGACUAUAGCCAUUCGAAUAAUACGCACGAAGCUUUCAUCUACUCUAAAAAAUUUAAUGGAUAUUCAAUUGCGCUUGGUGAAGAUUUCCAAUACGCUAAACGUCUAGUUAAGAAUUUAAAGAAGUGGAAAUGGACUGAUCGUCAAACUCGAAUAGUUACGCUAGAUAUGACAAUUUUAAAUCAAGAAAUUGUUUCUCAAGUUAAAUGGACAUUUAAGAUGAAAGCGACUGGUGGCGUUACAACUGUUUUAAGGUGCGAUUCUUUAAUUCUGUACAGGUAUACUGGUGCGGGAGGAUUAGUAGCGUUAAUCGUUGAGAUAUUAUCAAUAUUAAUGUGGAUAGCAUUAGUUAUCCGACUAGUUUAUAGAUUGAUAAAAUACGACGAAAUUCCGCGAAUAUUUCAAACGUUAUCGUUACUAUUUUUCGCCUGUUCAAUAAUUUUGUAUAUAUGGAGGACAGUGAAAGGUGUGAACGCCGUUGAGACUGUUAUGAAUUCAAGAAAGACUUUUACUAAUUUAUCUCCGUUCUUUAACUCUCAUUAUUAUUUUAUGGUGUUUAUUGGAUUUUGCGCCUUCUUUGCACAGAUUCAUUUGUUGAACCUUUUAAAAAUAUCUAGAACCGUCUCGGUUCUGAUUGGUACAUUGAAUAAAUCCAAGGGCGAAUUGGGUUCAAUUGGAUUUUGCUGUUGUAUAUUCUUUCUCGGUUACGCUUGUUGGGGUUAUAUACUUUUGGGACCAAAUACGGAAAUCUAUAAGAGUUUUAAAUUUACUUGCUACGCUCUAGUCGAUACUGUUUUUGGCCAUUUAGAUUUUCAUUUAAUAUCGGAAACGGCUGGAUUAUUGGGAAAAAUUUACAUCAUAUCCUACGCGUCUAUAAUGAUGUAUCUUAUCUUGAAUAUAUUCAUUUCGACUCUCAACGAAUUUAUAUCGGCGGUAAAGGUGGAUAAGACUGUUUUGUCGGAGGAUCCAAAAGUUUUCAAGUAUAUUGUAGGGGAAAUAAAGAAGAUAUUUCAAAAUAGAACAACCGAUAUCCAAAUUAAAAAUUACGAUAAAGAGAUUAGACUAUACGGAGCUUUGACUAAUCAUAUAAGAGGCUUGGAAAAUAUUACAACGACCAAUAUUCGUGGACCCGAUAUAGAUUCAUUUUUAGAUCUCGUAGAAUAUAUUCUCACUUCAGAUGAUAUGGAGAAUGAUUAUAUUCAACAAUCAGCCACUAUGGAUGACGAAGAACUUUACAAUGAACUUUUAAUUAUAUUUCGUAUUGCUGACUAAAAGAGAAAAGUGUGCAAUGCAUACAUUUUCCUAUUAUAUUUUAACA